AUGCACCUGGACAUGCUGGGCCGGCUGUUGUCCAUAGGACGGGCGGUGCUGGCGGCGCUGCGGGGGCGGCUGGGCGCGUUGUGCUGGAGCCUGACUCCCCUCUCCCUGUCCCUGUCUCUGUCCCUGCCCUUGCCCGGCUGGCGACGGGACUCACCCCCACGGAGGGAGCGAGAGCAGGAGUGGGACGACGCGUCCCCGACACCCACCAGUGUCAACUACCACUUCACUCGGCAGUGCAACUACAAGUGCGGCUUCUGCUUCCAUACUGCCAAGACCUCCUUCGUGCUGCCGCUGGAGGAGGCCAAGCGGGGGCUGGCGAUGCUCAAGGAGGCGGGAAUGGAGAAAAUAAAUUUCUCGGGAGGAGAACCGUUUCUUCAGGACAGAGGCGAAUUUGUAGGCAAACUGGUGCAAUUUUGCAAGCAGGAGUUGGAGCUCCCAAGUGUCAGUAUUGUUAGCAACGGCAGCCUGAUCAGAGAGCGGUGGUUCAAGAAGUACGGUGAAUAUUUAGACAUUCUGGCAAUUUCAUGUGAUAGUUUUGAUGAGGAUGUCAACAUUUUAAUUGGCCGUGGUCAAGGAAAGAAGAACCACGUGGAAAAUCUGCAUAAACUGAGACAGUGGUGCCGAGAGUAUGCUGUUGCUUUCAAAAUAAAUUCGGUGAUCAACAGAUUUAAUGUUGAGGAAGAUAUGAAUGAGCAGAUCAAGGCACUCAACCCUGUGCGCUGGAAGGUAUUCCAGUGCCUGCUCAUUGAAGGGGAGAACAGUGGUGAGGAUGCCUUGAGAGAAGCAGAAAAAUUUGUUAUUAGUGAUGAAGACUUUGAACGAUUCCUGGAUCGCCACAAAGAUGUCUCCUGUUUGGUACCUGAAUCUAAUCAGAAGAUGAGAGAUUCAUACCUCAUUCUGGAUGAAUAUAUGCGUUUUCUAAACUGUAGAAAUGGACGGAAAGAGCCUUCUAAGUCUAUCCUGGAUGUUGGUGUGGAAGCAGCUAUAAAAUUCAGUGGAUUUGAUGAGAAGAUGUUCCUAACAAGAGGAGGAAAGUAUGUGUGGAGUAAAGCUGACAUGAAACUAGACUGGUAACUCAAUAUACUGAGUUAGGGCAGUGCAUCAUGUAAAGAAAAUAUGUGUGCAUAUGAUGAGUGUAUACCUGUAUUUAAUGCUUUUAAUUACACUUGGUAUAUUAUACAGACUGAUGUUCAGUAUAAAUCUAUAUGGGAAUGUGUUUUUUAAAUGCAGAUUAUGUACUUUUAUUUUAUUGAGCAUAACUUAAUACUUUCAGAGCUUUCAUAUGAGCAGAUGUCUGAAAUAAACUUUCUAAUCCAUUUUAUGAAGGACUUAAGGGCAAACUGUUAACAUAACGUCAUGUAGUAAAUGUUUUUAAAAUACUACAUGAGUGUGCAUGCCAGAUAAAUCAAACUCCACCCCAAUCUCUACUUCAUUAUAAACAGCUGUAAGGAUGGAGAAGUGAAAACUCUUAUCGGGGAAUGCAUUCUGCCUGUUUCUCAGGGAAAGGUGGAUUGUAGUUCCUCUGUAGAUCAGAAGAGGGCCAGCUGGCAGGCCACUGGAAGCACCAUCUGCCUUUUUCGGGGGUAACAGAGGGUCAGAAUCUAGGAAUCAUUAUCUGUAAUAAUGUAUUUAAAAGACAAUCAAGAUGAAAAACUUGGCCAUUUUCAUUUUUUAAGACUUAACUGUAAAAGUAUCUGGUUUUAUUCUCCCUCUCCUCCAUAUGCACAGAAAACAUUUGCAAAAAUGUUGGGGGAUGUAAAUUUCUGCAAAAACAUAUUUUUAGUCAUGAAAGAAUAUUGUAUUUGUCCGUCCUAAAACCUAGAAGUACGUUCUACCUAAUGAUAAACAACUUCUUAUUUCACAUUGGCAAUGGCCUUAGUUCUAACUAAUAUUUACAGUGAGAAUGUUU